CCCCGCCCCACCGCCCCCGCUCGCUCCCAUUGGCCCGCACCGCCCGGGGCGUCAUGGCGCGGCGGGCGCCCAUUGGCCGUGGCUGGCGCAAGCGUUGCGUCAUGCGGCGACCGUUAAAAGCGGGCAGCGGGGGCGCGGGCGGCGGCGCAGCCGGAGCGGAGCAGCGCGGGGAAGAUGCGGGCGAGGAUGAGCCGGGGGCAGCGCACGGGCCGGAGCCGCGGGGAGCCGGGGCCGCGCAGGAAGGCAUCAAGGAGAAAGUGCGUCUUCAUAGACCACCAUACCUGAGAGCAGCGCGUUCAGCCUGGCCCAGUUGUGACGAUGGCAGCUGAGUCGCUGCCCUUGGCGGGAGGCACCGGCACCCUCCCGGGCUGGGAGCUGGAGGCCUGGUACCAGGACCUGCAGGAGGUGCUGGCGGCCGCCGAGCCUGGUGGGCACCACCCACUGCCCCGGGGGGCUGAGCAGGAGGGGCCGGCGGAGCUGGCCACGCUCGACAGCACAGCCCUGCUGUGGAGCGCGGAUGAGGCUGGCGCAGCAGGCUGCGAGCUGGACGCCGCGCUGGCUGCGGAGCUGCUGGAGCUGCUGGGGCCGGAAAGCCCAGCUAGUACAGAGCCAGCGGCACCACCACCACCGGGCUCAGCCUCCAGUGGGAGCUCCCCGGCCCAGACGGGCACAGAGGACGAGGAGGGGGUAGCCCUGGGGCGUGGGGCGAAGAGGAAGAGGCACGGCAGUGAGGUGGGGGGCCGGGAGCCGGCCAAGCGGCGGGAGCGGGAGCUGGCAAACGAGCAGCGGGUGCAAGAGCUGACGGCCCACAACGAGCGGCUGCGGGAGGAGAUCCAGCGGCUCAGCGCCGAGGUGGAGCGCACGCGGGCGGCCCUCAUCGACCGCAUCGUGAACCUCCGCCAGGCCUAGGCGCUGGCGCAGCCCUGCAGCUACUGGGGCUGAGGACUCUGCUGCCCCACGGACUUGGGGGGCAGCUAUGAACUGGAGGGGCACUGCCCAGCUGGCACAGCCUGAUGCCACGGGGAGGGCACAGCUUCCACACAUCAUUGUACAGUUCUUGUAUUUUAUUAUUACACGUGUGUAACCCCCA